AUGACGGCGCUCGUGCUGUGCUUGCUGCUGCCCUCGAUCUUCUUCCUGCUCUGGACGAUGGGCGCCUUCUCGGGCAGCGGGCGCGCGCCUGGGCCCGUGAGCCCGCCGUCCCCGCCCAAGGCUGGUACCAAGUCCAGCAGGCCCGCUGGUGUUCCUGCACCCGCGGCCGCUGGCGAGGACGAGGACGGCAGCGGCGCCGUCGAGGACCAUAUCCCGGCGUGGGGUGGCAUCGAGCCCAAGGACGAGGGCCUCGGAGGCGACCAGGAGGACCAAGAGGGCGACGGCGACUUGCAGGGGGGGGACCAGCUGGGCGGCGCGCCUGCGGAGGAGCAGGGCGGCGCCGCCCCCGACGCGCCGGCCGAGCUGGAGGGCGCCGCGGCGGUCGGGGCCGAGCAGGGCGGCGCGGCGGAGGGUGCCGAGGACGCCGCCGAUCCCGGGGAAGGCGCCGCCGGCCCCGAAGAGGGGCAGGCGGGCGCCGCCCCCGAGGGCGAGGGGGGCGAGGGCGACGCGGAGGACGAGGGCGGCGCCCAGCCGGGCGGUCUCGAUGCCCCAGCCCCCGUGGACGGUGGCGCCAUGGAGCUCCAGGAGGCCCAGGCUGGCGAGGGCGUGGAGGGCGGCAUGGGCGCGUUGGAAGCGCAGGCGACCGCAGGGCAGCCCCAGGGGGAGCAGGCUGGCGGCGCGGCCUCCGAGGAACAAGACGAGGAGGGCGAGGACCAGGGGGACAGCGAGGCCGAAGAGGGCCAGGAGCAGGAGGCUGCGCUCGCGGCGCCGGAGGAUGCUGCCGCGCAGCCCGCUGCCGCUCCCGUGGGCGCCCCGGCCGAGCAGGCAGCCGCGCCCGAGGGCCAGGAAGAGGAUGGAGUCGCCGCCGUGCAGCCGGUCGCGUCCGAGGGCCAGGACGACGAGGUGGACGAGGACGAGGACGAGAAUGAAGGCCAGGACGAGGAAGGCACCCCCGCCGUGCAAGCAGCUGCGCCAGCAGACGCCACUGGCGUGCAGGCAGCUGCGCCCGAAGGCGCCCCCGGCGAGCAGGCGGCCGCGCCCGAGGGCCAGGACGAGGAGGGCCCGGACGACGGGCCAGGCGAUGGGGAGCCAGCAGCGCCCUCGGCGCCGGUGGAUGCUGCCGGGCAGCCUCUCUCCCCCGCCGUGCAGGCGGCCGCGCCCGAGGGCCAGGACGAGGAGGGCCAGGGCGACGAGGCGGACGGGGAGGAGGACGAGGAGGCGAAGGAGGAGCCGGCAGCGCCUCUGGAACCGGUCGGUGCUGCUGCGCAGCAAGCCACCGAGCCGGCCGGAGUCGGCGCCGUGCAUGCAGCCGCCGCCGAGCCAGCCGGAGUCGCCGCCGUGCAAGCAGUCGCCGCCGAGCCAGCUGCGCCCGUGGCUCCGGUCGACGUUGCCUCGCAGCCAGCGGAGCCAGCAGGAGCCACCGCCGUGCAGGCAGCUGCUGGCGACGGCCAGGCCGACGAGGGCGAGGCGCGUCGCGGUUUCCUUUGA